GGAUUUGACGGUUGCGUGCGUUUUUGAACUACGGAGUUCAAGUACAGAAAAUCGGAAAUGUAGUGAUUGAAACCAAAAGAGAAAAAAAUAAAUAAAAUCAAAACUCUACUAAACAAACGGGAUAAUAUAGAAUUAUUUUUUGUAUUGAAAGUGCAGUUGUCUGUGCACAAUUAACUCGUUCAAAGCAUUCCACAUUUAAUUGAGGGGCGCGCGCGUUUUCCGAGCAAUUAAUCUAAGCAUUCUAACUAAGUUUUGUAGCAGUGCAAAAGUUUUCUUGGCUUUUGCCGCAAAACAGCAGCCGCUAACAACAACAACAACGACACCAACGCCGCCGUCGCCAUCAAAAAAGUGCUCAAACAAGAUUUCCACUUGAAAUUCCUGAAUUUCGUUUGCGACGCGCAGCGCAACAUAAAAAGAAGCAAAGGAAAUAAAUCGAAAUAUAAAAGCGCAAUACAAAUAAUACAAAAAAGUUUGGCGAAAUCAUCCAAUUGAAAGUGUAAUAAUAAUAGUGUGUUACUGUAUAAGUGUUAGUGAUAGCAUUUUGUUCAGUUUAAAAGGAGUUUUGGAUUAGCGGCGCCCUUAUUUACAUUGCUGAGCCUGACUGAGCGUUGUUUAUAACCGACAGCAGGAACUUUUAGUCGAGUUGGCCCAAAAUAUUCAUAUUUUGGUUGGACUUAUAUGUGCGCAGCAGGUCACAGGCUUACGGCGCUGCUGAUGAUGUUCAUGACGAUGAUGAAGUUGCUGGCGAGGCGAGUCUAACUGCUGACAGCAAAGUGCCAGAGCAGUGCAGUGCAGUGUCAGCGUUGCGUCGACGUGCGUAUCUCAAAGAUACAAAUAGAAGAAGCCCAUUUCCGUCUGGUGGUCGCCUACCUAACGAAAGUGGACUGGCUACCUACACACAACACAAUACAUUGUUCUCGUCGUUGCACUUCUCUCGCCUCUACUCGCUACUCGUCACUUUUCACUCGCUCCUCUCUCUGUGGCGUGCUCUUUUACUGUCCAGCUGCUAUCAGUUGUGCCGUGGCGCGCGGUCGCGACGGGCUGCAAGAAAAGAACGAAAAUAAAGUGAGUGCGGGACGCGCGCGGUGAACAAGAAGCCGAAAGAACAUCGACAACAACAAAAACAACAACAACGACGAAUAUCGAACUACGAAAUAUAAAUAAAUAAAAUACGAAGUGCGGGAAAUAUAUACGAAUACGGAAAAGAGGAAACCGGGCGUCAUCAAUCCUUUUUCCUUGUGCAAAUAUUUGUGAAAUCGUGAUUGCUGUUGACAAAGUGGCGUCCGCACACGUACUCGAUACUUUCAAUUAGGCACGUUGCUUAUAAAUGUGCCACAAUGGCGUCGCCGUCGAGGACGACGCAACCAUCAACGCUGCAACCACCGACGCGUUGUAAAGCCCCAGCCACGGCUAAGGCUCUAAUCCUGUUCCGUCUGCGGUUCCGUCAACUAGCUCCCUCCCUCCUGUCUCUCCUGUCCCUGUCCCUCUCACUCUCAUUGCUGCUGCUCAGCGUCGCUGUUCAUGGCGAACCCUACGGUGGCAGCUUUGGCGGCUCGGCCAUCGCCAGCGGCGGCCUCGGCUCCGUUGGCAUCCACAUCCCCGGUGGCGGAGUUGGCGUCAUUGCGGAGGCGCGUUGCCCCCGGGUUUGCUCCUGCAGCGGAUUAACCGUUGACUGCUCGCAUCGAGGAUUAACGCAGGUGCCUCGCAAAAUAUCUGCGGAUGUGGAACGACUCGAUUUGCAGGGCAACAAUUUGACCGUGAUAUAUGAGUCGGACUUGCAGCGUUUAACCAAGCUGCGAAUGCUCCAAUUAACCGAUAAUCAAAUCCAUACGAUUGAGAAGAAUGCACUGCAAGACUUGGUAUCUUUGGAGCGACUACGCCUAAACAACAAUCGACUUAAGGCAAUACCUGAAAACUUUGUGACAAGUUCAGCGAGUCUUUUGCGAUUGGACAUCUCGCACAAUGCAAUCACAACCGUUGGCCGAAGAGUCUUUAAAGGAGCGCAGUCGCUGAGGAGCUUGCAGCUGGACAACAAUCAAAUCACUUGUAUGGACGAGCAUGCCUUCAAGGGUUUGCUGGAGCUGGAGAUACUCACACUGAAUAACAAUAACUUGACCGCUUUGCCGCACAAUGCCUUCGGGGGAUUGGGAAAAUUGCGGGCGCUGCGCCUAUCGGAUAACCCGUUCGCCUGCGAUUGCCAUUUGUCCUGGCUGUCGCGCUACCUACGCAGCGCCCCUCGCCUUGCUCCCUACACGCGCUGCCAGUCGCCAUCGCAGCUGAAGGGCCAAAACGUGGCGGACCUGCACGACCAGGAGUUCAAAUGUUCAGGUCUCACCGAGCAUGCGCCAAUGGAAUGUGGCAUCGAGAACAGUUGCCCCCAUCCCUGCCGCUGUGCCGAUGGCAUUGUCGAUUGCCGUGAGAAGAGUCUGACGAGUGUGCCCGUUACACUGCCCGACGAUACCACCGAACUACGCCUCGAGCAGAACUUCAUCACGGAGCUGCCGGCGAAAUCCUUUUCCAGCUUUCGACGACUGCGACGCAUCGAUCUGUCAAACAACAACAUCUCGAGGAUUGCACACGAUGCUCUAAGUGGCCUGAAGCAGCUAACAACGCUCGUGUUGUAUGGCAAUAAAAUAAAGGAUUUACCCUCGGGCGUAUUCAAAGGACUCAGCUCACUGCAGCUGCUGCUGCUGAAUGCCAACGAGAUCUCGUGCAUACGAAAGGAUGCCUUCCGCGACCUGCACAGCCUCAGCCUGCUCUCGCUCUACGACAACAACAUACAGUCGCUGGCUAAUGGCACAUUCGACGCCAUGAAGAGCAUCAAAACGGUACAUUUGGCCAAGAAUCCUUUCAUUUGUGACUGCAAUCUGCGCUGGCUGGCCGACUAUUUGCACAAAAAUCCCAUAGAGACAAGUGGAGCACGCUGUGAGUCACCCAAGCGGAUGCAUCGCCGGCGCAUUGAAUCGUUGCGCGAGGAGAAAUUCAAAUGUUCCUGGGAUGAAUUGCGCAUGAAGCUAUCCGGCGAGUGUCGCAUGGACUCUGACUGCCCUGCGAUGUGCCAAUGCGAGGGCACAACCGUCGACUGUGCGGGACGAGGACUCAAGGAAAUACCACGCGACAUUCCGUUGCAUACCACAGAGCUUUUACUCAACGACAACGAAUUGGGUCGCAUUAAUUCGGAUGGUUUAUUUGGUCGACUGCCGCAUUUGGUUAAAUUGGAGCUGAAGCGUAAUCAACUCACCGGAAUCGAGCCGAAUGCCUUUGAGGGAGCGUCUCGCAUACAGGAUUUGCAAUUGGGCGAGAACAAAAUAAAGGAGAUCUCGAAUAAAAUGUUUCUGGGGCUUCAUCAACUAAAGACGCUCAAUCUUUACGACAAUCAAAUUUCAUGCGUUAUGCCCGGCUCAUUUGAGCAUCUGAACUCGCUGACGUCUUUGAAUCUUGCAUCGAAUCCAUUCAAUUGUAAUUGUCAUUUGGCCUGGUUCGCCGAAUGGUUGCGUAAAAAAUCAUUGAACGGUGGCGCAGCACGUUGUGCGGCCCCAUCGAAGGUACGUGAUGUGCAAAUCAAGGAUCUGCCCCACAAUGAAUUCAAAUGCAGCAGCGAGAACAACGAGGGAUGCCUCGGCGAUGGCUAUUGUCCGCCAGCCUGCACGUGCACCGGCACUGUGGUCCGCUGUUCGCGCAAUCAAUUGAAGGAAAUACCGCGCGGCAUUCCAGCCGAAACAUCCGAAUUGUAUCUGGAGUCCAAUGAGAUUGAGCAGAUACAUUUCGAGCGCAUCAGGCAUUUGCGUGCACUCACACGACUUGAUCUCAGCAACAAUCAAAUCACCAUACUCUCCAAUUACACCUUUGCCAAUCUGACCAAACUAUCCACGCUCAUCAUCUCGUACAAUAAGCUGCAAUGUCUGCAACGUCAUGCGUUGUCUGGUCUGAAUAAUCUGCGCGUGCUCUCGCUGCACGGCAAUCGGAUAUCCAUGCUGCCCGAGGGCUCCUUCGAGGAUCUCAAGUCGUUGACACACAUCGCACUUGGCAGCAAUCCUCUGUACUGCGAUUGCUCGUUGAAAUGGUUCUCGGACUGGAUCAAACUGGACUAUGUGGAGCCGGGUAUAGCGCGCUGUGCGGAGCCGGAGCACAUGAAGGACAAGCUGAUACUGUCGACACCAUCGUCGAACUUCGCCUGCCGCGGCAAAGUGCGCAACGACAUCUUGGCCAAGUGCAACGCCUGCUACGAGCAGCCGUGUCAAAACAAGGCCCAGUGUCUGGCCCUGCCUCAGAGGGAGUAUCAGUGCCUGUGCCAGCCUGGCUAUCAUGGCAAGCACUGCGAGUACAUGAUCGACGCCUGCUACGGGAAUCCGUGUCGCAACAAUGCCACCUGCACGGUGCUCGAGGAGGGACGCUUCAGUUGUCAGUGCGCCGCUGGUUACACGGGCGCACGCUGCGAGACGAACAUCGAUGAUUGCCUGGGCGAGGAGAUACGUUGCCAGAACAAUGCCACCUGCAUCGAUGGUGUGCAAUCCUAUCGCUGCGAGUGCCAGCCCGGCUUCUCUGGCGAAUGGUGCGAUACGAAGAUACAGUUUUGCAGCCAGGAGUUUAAUCCCUGUGCGAAUGGGGCGAAGUGCUUGGAUCACUUUACGCACUACAGCUGCGAUUGCAUGGCCGGAUUCCAUGGCAUGAACUGCACCGAUAACAUCGACGAUUGCCAGAAUCAUAUGUGCCAGAAUGGCGGCACCUGCGUGGAUGGCAUCAACGAUUAUGUGUGCAAGUGUCCGGAUGACUUCACGGGCAAAUACUGCGAGGGACACAACAUGAUCUCCAUGAUGUAUCCCCAGACAUCGCCGUGCCAAAAUCACGAGUGCAAGCAUGGCGUCUGCUUCCAGCCGAACGCAGCUGGCUCCGAUUACCUCUGCAAAUGCCAUCCGGGAUACACGGGCAAGUGGUGCGAGUACCUCACCAGCAUUAGUUUCGUGCACAACAAUUCAUUCGUGGAACUGGAACCGCUGCGCACUCGACCCGAGGCGAAUGUGACGAUUGUCUUUAGUAGCGCCGAGCAGAACGGCAUUCUCAUGUAUGACGGACAGGAUGCGCAUUUGGCUGUUGAACUGUUCAAUGGCCGCAUUCGUGUGAGCUACGAUGUGGGCAACUAUCCGGUGUCCACGAUGUACAGCUUCGAAAUGGUCGCCGAUGGAAAAUACCAUGCCGUCGAACUGUUGGCCAUCAAGAAGAACUUUACGCUACGCGUCGAUCGCGGCCUGGCCAGAUCCAUCAUUAACGAUGGCUCCAAUGAUUAUCUUAAGCUGACCACGCCCAUGUUCCUCGGUGGCUUGCCUGUCGAGCCUGCCCAGCAGGCCUAUAAGAACUGGCAAAUUCGCAAUCUGACCAGCUUCAAGGGCUGCAUGAAGGAGGUGUGGAUCAACCACAAGCUCGUGGACUUUGGCAAUGCGCAGCGACAGCAAAAGAUCACGCCGGGUUGUGCCCUGCUCGAGGGCGAACCCAGCGAAGGCGAGGAGGAUGAUGAGCAGGACUUCAUGGAUGAAACUCCUCACGUAAAAGAGGAGCCAGUUGAUCCCUGUGCGGAGAACAAAUGCCGUCGCGGCAGUCGCUGUGUUCCCAAUGCCAACUCAAGGGAUGGCUAUCAGUGCAAGUGCAAACACGGACAGCGUGGACGCUACUGCGAUCAAGGUGAGGGCAGCUCAGAGCCCCCAACAAUCACUGCCGCUGCGACAUGUCGCAAGGAGCAGGUGCGUGAGUAUUACACGGAGAACGACUGCCGCUCGAGGCAGCCUCUCAAGUACGCCAAGUGCGUUGGCGGAUGCGGCAAUCAGUGUUGUGCCGCGAAAAUCGUGCGAAGGCGCAAGGUGCGCAUGGUAUGCAGCAAUAAUCGCAAAUACAUCAAGAAUUUGGAUAUUGUGCGCAAGUGUGGAUGCACCAAAAAAUGCUACUGACUGAAAGAUGCGACUACCCAAUUGCUUAAAGGAAGCAAUAGCAGCUUAGAUGUUAGCCUAGGAACACAUUUAAACUUAACUUAUAAUACAAACAACUAUAAUAUUAAUAAUAACAAUAAUAAUAAUAAUAAUAAUAAUAGUAGUAGUAGUAGUAAUAAUAGCAAUAACAGUAGCAGUAGCUGUAGUAAUAACUUUAGUCUUAAGCCGCAAUGCAGUAGUCUUAAUAGCACGGGGCAGCAGCAGGGCGUGACUGCUGUCGUCGAGCAUGUUGAAAAGGGGCAGGUGGAAAGAGUAGAGGCGGAGGUGGAGACGGACGGGGAUGACUAUGCAAUGGAGGACGUAGAGUCAGAUACAGAACGCAUGCAAGCGGAUCUUUAUGACGAUGAUAUUAACGACGAUGACGAUGAUGAUGACGAUGGUUUAGAUGAGGAGACGAGCUUAUUUGCAGAUGACGACGACGAUGAAGACGAUGAUGAAGAGCCGGAACAGCUGCCAGAUCCCAAAGGUCUGGUAUCGCCAGCGGCACAACACGAAGAGGAGGAGGAUAUGGGGUACGAUGAGGACGAUGAGCGCUUGGCGCUAGAGCGACCACGCACCCAACGUCCGCGAGCCGACGAGGAGCAUUUUGUGAACGAGGAAGGCAGUGGCGCUGGUGGCGGAGGGUUUAAGGGUCGCUUCAAGCCGAACAGCAACUAUAGGCUGACACAGCUGGAGAACAUCCGGAAGAAGUUGCUCACGGAGUCGCAGCAUCAAGGUGGUGCUGGUGGUGGUGGUCAGCAGGUUGCUCUGGCUGUGCCGAGCACUUCGAUUGAUCUGCGCGAGAGCAGCGGCCAUUUUGCUAACGAUGAUGAGGAUGGCGAGGAUAACGAUGACGGUGUCGAUGAUGAAUACCCUGACAAAGGUAACGGUGAAGUCUACUUUGGCUCACAGCGAUCUAAGGGCGCUGCCGGCGGCUCCAAUCAUUAUUUCCGCAAGAAUAGCAACGAUGCCAUCAAAAUCAUAUCCACACCUUUGGGCAAGGUGGGCAUUGUGUAUCAGCAAACGCCCUCGGAUGGGGAGCAGGAUGGACAGCAGCAGCAUCAGCAUAAACAGCAGCUGGAGCAGCAGGCACAGCAGAAGCCAGAGACACAGUUCACCGAUUUCGAUGCCUUGUCACCGGAUCCGGAGAGCAGUCAUCGUUUUCCAUCGCCACAUCCAAAAAUAACGCCUGUACUAACACCCGAUGGCAAGGUGGCGCUGCUUUAUCGCGGUGAUUCGGAGAGCUCCAAGUACGAGCCCAUUCGCAAUCUCACCCACAAGUUCACCACAACCACCAACAGCAAGUCCAAGAGCAACAGUCCCGAGCACACAAAGUCGGGCAACGAGGACUCCUCGGAUGAUUCUUCUGACGACUCCGUCUACACGGACGGCGAGGACGAAAGCGCAGGCGACAAGCCUAUUGCAGCAUCCAAUGCGGGUGCUGCCACGCCCAAGCCUCUCCAGCCAGAGAUAUUGGAACCACCGGCGCAUGCGCCUAGCGGCGGCUCCUUUAUCAUACGACCCACGUCGGACUCACUGCUGCCGAUGAUCAAUCGGCCGCUGUCCGAGGUGCUUGGCAUCAAGAAAAAUCAGUUCCAGGAGACACGCGUGCGGGAUCAGCUGCCCAGCAUGGGCGGCACAGAAGCUACGCCGCCGCGUUCGAUGCUAACGCAGCCAAGUCAACAACAGCCCCCCGAGCAACAGAAGUCAAGCAGUGCCGGCAGCAACCUGCACUUCCUUACCAAGGUCAACCUGGCCGAGUAUCCCACACUGAAGCAGCAACAACAGCUGCCCACGGGUCGUGACUUUGACUUCAGUCAGGACAACACGAUGCUGGACGAGAGAUCGCGAGUCCGUGAGCUAGAGAAGCAGCGGGAACGUGAGCGAGAGCAUAACGAAGCCACCAGCAAAGGCAACGGCGGCGGGACCGAGGCACACACUAUUGCCAAUGAGCAGCUGUUGUCCAAGACGGAAGUCAUCAAUUUGGCCAUAAUACCGCAGUUCGAUGAGGACAUGGAGCGUUUGCAACGGCUGCACGAGAGCAGCGGCAUCGGCAGCCGGCGGCAUCAUCGAGCGCGACAUCGGCACAAGCAAACGGAGGAGGAGCUGUCGGGCAUCCAUUGCGUCAUGCAGGUCAUGAUGGGCAUUGCGGCGGUCUCCACUGUCUUUGGCAUGCUGGGCACCUUCUUCAAGCAGCGCAUUCUCGAUCAGUUGCGACUGAUGCACUGGUAGUACAAGUACAACGAUAGGAACACGAUUGAAAGAUUCAAGUAUUUAGCUAACACCCUCCCUCAUCCCACACACAGUCCGCACAAUCCGACUCACAUCCUCAAGUCAAGAAGCCUCGUCAUCAUCAUCAACAUCUAACUUCAACUACUAAAUAGGGCUAGAACACGAGGCAACUCUUCUCUAUUUACGACUACAUACAUACUACUACUACAUAUACCAUAUGACAUUACUACACACAUACUAUACUAUAUAAUACAUACAUAUAUUCUACAAGUAUACUAUAUAAGUAGAGCUGGAAUACCAUCGUUGGCAACGCCAUUCAGUUUCUUAAGUUAUUCGCACUUUUUGUUCUUGCCGUGUUCUGUGAGCAACAGAAUUGAGCAUAGUCGAAACUCUUAAGAUGUGCCCACGCCCAGCUCUACUCUCUAUAUCUCUAUAUAUUUAUGCAUAUAUAUACAUAUAUAUAUCUAUCAACAGCUAAUAUUUAUACUAUAUAUUUUGUGUAUCACUGAGCAGAAGGCACUGCUUAAAUUUCCCAACAUUUCUAGUAACCUUCCGCUUCUUUAUGUGUAAAAGAGCAUACUCUCUACAUAUAUUAUACAUAUAUAUAUAUAUAUAUUUAUAUAUCUAUUAUAUAUACAUACUUACUAGCAAGCUACCCAGGCGAUGUACAUACAUAUAACAAGACCUUAUAACUGAACCAUACGAGUAUAUGUGUAUAUGAACGCAACUGUAGCCCCUGCCAAAGACCGCAAAGAUCAAAGAGAACCUACUUUCCUUAGUCUUUACCCCCGAAUGUCAACUCGUUUCUAAAUUUCACCAAUUUCAUAUUCUUUCCUUAUAUUCUUCACUUCACACACACAAAGAUUCAUACGAACACACUGAGACAUCGUUAAGUGUAAAAGCUUUAAGCAAGUCAUUGCAUGUGCCACGCCCACAAACCGCACAAACUCCCAAAAACCGAAUGCAAAAA